AUGCCUCCGAGAAGUCGAUUGUCGCAAAAGGAGAAAGGGAAGGACAUCGCAGAUUCUCCGAGUCCGACCAGAGAUGCGUCAGCGACCGGCAGCCCACUGGACGAUUUCUACUUGAUUUAUCGCGAUGCUCUCUGGGACACAGAAAACAUGACUCUAUCUCAGCGUCUUUUGGUCGCUGAUGCCCAUAGGCUGAUUCAUGAUGAAGGCGCGGAUCGCGUUGAAGUCGGGAGCAGCGACGUGAGCGGAAGUGAGAACAGAGGGGGAGACCAAAGUGAUGCUGCAGCUGGUUCCGAACGUGGCGACGCUGAUGCGUCUGGUCGGUCCCCGACGCCUUCGAGGCGGGUUCGCAAGAGAGUUCAUUUCGACCAGAUAGACUGUCGUCCAACUAUUUAUCAUCCUGGUGGGAUCUUCGAGGAGCUUCUUCCGCUGCCGCCUGGACUGCUGCGCGACCCGCGGGCUCAGUCGUGGGGGAAUGUGUUUGGAUCUUGUGCUUCUCACCAUAUUGUGAAGGAUCUGUUAAGGGCGAACGGCGGUGCUGGCGUUACCUACAUCAUCCCGUCUACUGAGCAGCGUCCCUGGUCGCCUCCGGUGGGUUACCAGUGCGUGUAUGAGUCCUACUUCGGGGAGCAUACGAAGCUAUGGUUUCUGAUCCCUCGGUUGGUGACGUCUUAUGCAUUCCGCCGAGACAUUGCCACCUCUCAACUUUUGAAUGGGUCGCUGCGAAUAGCCGUCAUGUUGAUGGUAAUGGUAGCUGAGAUGGACAUCUCGAUGAGCGUGAGGGUCUUCGAGGAGCUGACUUUCACGAAGGCGGAGCCAAACGGGAUUUUCUCGGUGAAAAUGCGUUCGAACUACAACGUCUUGACCGGUCAUCCAAAUAAGACGCAGGAUUGGCAACGCGCGUACUUUUUCGUGAAAUCUGAUGAACAUGCUUUCGAAGAGCCGCCCGGGGACGACUACUGGGUUUUGUGGAACCAGCAACUCGUUCGUCACCCGAAUACGAUCGCCUACCCUGAGAAGUUCUUUGAGAGUGCUCAAGCGAUCGCGGCGCACAGUCAUCUUCGUUGGCCGGAUCUCAGUCGAGAGUGGAUACGUCGCCAGCAAGCUAGGAUCGCUAGAGUUGAUUGGGAGUCGAGGCUUCCUUGCGUUCUCGGUCUCUGUAAGUCGCGCCUUCCUUUGUUUACUCGCAAACAACAGAGACUUCUCGACAAAGCUAGAGAAAUGGAUGGAGUCCCGGAUCUAAGGCCUAAGAGGUCUGUUGAGGCAGAACCCCGUCCUUCUAACUCCGAUACGAAUGCUGCUGAUACGACCUUAGUCGACGUUGUUGGGGAGGACAGCGGCACUCCUGAAAACCUGUCGGAGGAGAGGAGGAAAACCAGCUCGCGAGAAGGGGGUUCUGGUGAUGAGCCCGUUGCGAACGAGAGAUGCGCGGAACUGACGCGCCAAAUUCGUGGUGGGACGAAGUUGAUGCCGCAACUGGAAGAUCUCUACUUCAGGAAUGAAUACAUUGACGCUGCUUCUUCGAGAGCGCGGACGAAGAUCCAGUUGGGAUCUUCAGAGAAGCUUGCUCAGGCAAGGUUGAAGGCCAUCGAGAGAGUAAGGGCGGAGCAUAAGAAGGCUAACGAGAAGGCUGAGAAGGAUAAGGAAAUCCUUCGAGUGAAGUUCGAAGAGCUGGAGUGUAAGCUCAAAUCCGACAGAGCGGCGAAGAAAGAGCUUGCCCGAGAGAACACUCGUUUGGAGCAAGCGGCUGCGACCCUUGAGAAGGAGAAGGCUGAGCUACUCGAAGAAAGGGACGCUGCAGUGGAGAAAUUGAUCAGAGAGAGGCAACGCUUAAAGGACUCUCGGGGGUUGGAGGUUACUCGUGAGAGGGAAAGGGUUGAAGCUGCUAUGGCCGAGAAGGCAAAUCGCUGUCUUGGUCGCGUACGCGACCAUUUUACUCGCUUGGAUGCCUUUGGGAAAGCGAAGAACCUGUACGGUCAAGCUUCGGGGACGAAGAAGUGCCUUGAGAUGAUAAAGGCCAAUGUUGUUGGGCACAUGAAGCUGGUUAAUGGACAGUGUCUCAUUGGGACCCCAGUUCUUGAUGAAGUGGAGAUAGCUAGGGCGAGGCAUGUGUUGGUUCAUGUGCAGUCAUACGAGUAA